AUGCCGCCCACAGUCACCGGGCAAAUCCGUAGUCUAUCCCCACGGUCAGCCUUGAAGUUGGUUGUCCCGAUCCUUAAUCCCACCAUGCCUGCGAUUUGGCAAAGCGGGUCUUCUACCAUCUGGCAACGCGCCUCUCUCGCAAUCAGCACCUCGAACUGUCUGGUUCCUUCUUCACUGUCUAUCGCUUCACUUGUCUGUAUUUAUGGAGUCUUGCGCAAACCCGGCGUGGGUUAUCUGGUGGUUGGGGAUUCUUGGGUCAGCCCCAACAUCUAUACAGAGCUUUUGGUUGUCUGUUCUUAUGAAAUUGAUUGCCUGGACAAAUUCGGGGAGAUCUCUCCCCCAAAGAGCGGCGCCUCUCACCAUGACCACACGAAGGCUGCAGGCGAUUCCUCCGCCUUCCUUGAAAUUCUACCUGGGCCUCCACCUCUAUUUCCGUCUCAUGAUGAAACGUAUUCCCAGAGAUCAGAUGUCAGUUCUUUGCAGUUCAGUCCAGAUCAACACUCGUUCCUGCACAGAUCAAUUCAGACGAGCUUUUUUACCCACGAAUGUCAAACCAGAUCAACUGUCAAUCCGGUGCACUCCUGUCCGUCCUCCAUAGAUCAAUUCAAUUCAGAGGAGCUUUUUGUUCUACGAAUGUCAAUUCAGAUCAGAUAUCAAGCCUGUGCAGGAGGAGUGAUAAAUUACAACGCUUUCUAUCUAUCUAUCUAUCUAUCUAUCUAUCUAUCUAUCUAUCUCACUCGAUACUUAUGUAUGUAUGCAUCUAUCUAUUUAAGUCUUUUAUAUAUAUCAAUCUAUCUAUUUAUCUAUUUAUCUAUCUCAUUUUGUGUUCCUUCUUCCAUGGAAAGUAGACUUUUGCACGGCACUGUAAAUACAUGCUCACAUCUAUCUAUCUAUCUAUCUAUCUAUCUAUCUAUCUAUCUAUCUAUCUAUCUAUCUACUUCGAAUUAA